AUGGAGGCGGGCAUUCGCCGCGACAGCUCCAGGGUGGAGCCAGGCAUCCCGCAGUCGGAGGCGAAGAGGAUCAGCGAGCUCGUGGAGAAGGCCCCGCACGCGCUGCGGCAGUACGAGCGGACGGCCCGCCGGCACCUGUGGCGCAAGCGCCAGGUGCAGCGCCGCGGCAACAACCUGGCGGAGCCGCUGCUGGCCGCGGCGCGGGCCGACGAGGAGCCGCUCGAGGAGCUGUGCGCGGCGAAGCAGGCCUUCCUGGGCGUCCUGCGGGCCGAGCGAGAGCUGCGGGGCAGGCACCCCGAGAGCUACACCCGGCUCCGGCUGAAGGCGCUGGAGCGCAUCGAGCGGGAGUUCCAGCACCUGGACAGCCCAGAGGAUCGGCGUCACCUCAGCAUACUUAUACUAUAUGUGCGUCGCCUCCCCCACCCAGGGGCGACGCGCGCACCGAGAAAUCUUAUCGUACAUGCGUCGUGGCGGGCGCUUUCUGGCCACACCGCUCGGGAAACGAUAUACCACAAGAUGGGUCUACUGCAUGCUCGGGUCGGACGCGCGCCUCCAAGGAGGACAUACAGUACCAGUAUCUCUCUGUGCGCCCCAGAGGAAGUGCUCAGCGCGGCUGUGAUGGCCAGGGCGCUGCUGGGGGGCCACAGGGUCGGUGGCCGCCUGCUCGCCUGGUACGCCUCGGUGCUGCGCGUGCGGCUGGCCUUCUUCCUGUCGGUGGUCCUCGCACUGCUCCUCUCCGUGUUCUCGGGCAGCCUGAUGGAGGUGUUCUUCGCCUCCUUUGUUGGGGACAGCCUCGCGGGCGAUGCCGCCGACGAGAAGAGCCGCCCGCUGGAGCUGAUCGUCGGAGUCUGGGUGCUCCCCAUCGUCCUGAACCUGCUAGCGCUCCUCGGGGACGAGAUCUGCGACCUGGUCGUCGACGCCUACGGGAACCCUCCGCUGGCGUGGCUGAUGGCCAGCGUGCUGGCGGCGGUCAGCCAGUCUUCCACCCGACCACCGGCGCGGCUGAUGUGCAAGGUCGUCGACCGCGUCUUCCUCUUCUCGGGCGACGGCGUGCCUCUCCUGUACGCUCUGAGGGCAAGGAGCCUGGGCGGCUCCAGCUUCAUGGGCGGCUACGUGGAGGGCUCGCUCCUCUCUGCCGUGGUCCUCGCUGUCAGCGCGCUGCUCGCCGAUGCCAUGGUCGCCGCGGACUCCGUGGGCAAGUCCCAGCGGUACGGCGAGGCUCACAUCGCCUUUCAGCACGUGCACCUGGCCAUCGAGGUGCACAAGAUCUACCCUGGGACCCUGGAGGCGAGCUGCGAGUAUCUGGGCCACUACUUCGAGGACUGCCCCGCGGAGGUGUCUAGCUGCGUGUCCGUGAGAAGGGGCGUGUGGGGCUGGGCUGUUAAGAAGCUAGAGUGGGCGAGCUUCCGCGCCCGCGAGCUGCGAACGCGUGUCGUCAAGAAGCGUCGCCAGCUCAGCAAGCACGGCCUGGCCCUUCUCCUCUGGUCCAUCGCUGCAGGGCUGAGCGUCUACCAGUACCUUCCUGCCUGGAUCACUGGGUGCGCGAUGCUUGUGUCCGUGGUCCAUUGGUCCGGCCUCAUCUGCUGGUACCUGCCCCAGCUCGCCGGUCCGCCGUUCUACCUCGUGCUCGUGUUCUUCACCCUCGUCUCGCUCUGCGCGCUCAGCGGUGGCGGCAUGGAG